AUGACCGAUGAGAUUGUUAAAAAGAAGAAGAAAUCGGUGAAAUUCGCCGAAGAGCCGAAAAAAGAAGGAGAUGCAACUUUUCCGUCGAAAAAACAGGUAAGUAAAAGCUUUCACACCCAAAAAAUAAUUGUAUGAUUUGUAGGCCAAAAAAGUUGUGGUGACAGAAGAAGCUCCGGUUCAACCAAAGAAGAGAAAACAAAAACAAAGAAAAACUAAUUCCGAGUAUGUUUUCUUCAAAUAAAAUGUGCUAAGUAUUUCAAAAUACAUUUUCAGAAAACGUAUGAAAUUGAUGGAAAGUUUGGUUGGUCCGAAUGUAGAGAAAGUUGAAUUUGAAGCGGAAAAUAAAACAUUUGCUGACUUUGGUUUGGAUGAGCGUAUUUUGAAGAGUAUUGGAGAACUUGGUUGGGAGAAAACUACACAAGUUCAAGAAUCGAUUAUUGCGUUAGCUCUUGAAAACAAAAAUAUUAUGGGUCGAGCAAGAACUGGAAGUGGAAAAACUGGAGCUUUUUUAAUUCCACUUGUUCAAAAAUUGAUCAAUGAUUCACAAUUCAAUGAUGGAACAGUUGGACCAAGUGCAGUUAUUAUUGCACCAACAAAAGAACUCAUCACACAAAUUUACCAACUUUUCCAACGUUUGAUCAAACCUCUUCCAUUUUUACAAGCUAUCAAUUUGUGUGAUGUGAAUGAAGAAGAACCUUCGGUUUGGAUUGAAGAUCGUUCACAUUUCGUUGUUACAACACCAGGAAAACUUCUUAAAAUGAUUUCACUUCGACCAGAAUAUUGUUCACAAAUAAAAUAUGUGGUAAUGGAUGAAGCUGAUUUAUUGAUGUCUUUCGGUUAUGAACAAGAAAUGAUGUAAGUUUUUUUCUAUUUUAAAAAUCCUCGUAAUAUUUAUAUUUUUCAGCCAAAUCCGUGCCAAACUUCCAACAUUUUAUCAAUGUAUUAUGACAUCAGCUACUUUGAAAGAUGAUAUGACAACACUUAAAAAGUUGUACAUGACAGGUCCAGUUGUUACAAUUAAACUGACAGAAGGAGAUCUUCCAAAUGCUGAUCAAUUAACUCAAUAUCAAUUGACUUGUCAAAGUGACGAAGAAAGAUUUGCCAUUCUUAUCGCAUUGUUCAAACUCAAGUUAAUUGUUGGAAGAUCUAUCAUUUUUGUCAAUACAAUUGAUCGAUGUUAUAAGUAAGUGAACAAAUUGUAUCGACCAAAUAUUAUAAUUUUGAAUAAUUUCAGAUUGAUGUUGAUUCUACGUGUAUUUGGUUUGAAAUCCUCGAUUCUGAAUUCAACAAUGCCAGCAAAUAGUCGUUGUCACGUGAUUAAUCAAUUUAAUGAUGGACAUUAUCAAAUUGUUAUUGCAUCUGAUGUUUCUGAUGCAGAUGGUUCAAAAUUGGUUGAAGCUGCUACAGCUGAAAAAUCGGAAGAAGGAACAUCUAAAAAGGGAAAGAAAAAUACACAAUUAGAUAAAGAAUCUGGUGUUUCUCGAGGAAUUGAUUUUCAUCAUGUUAGCAAUGUUGUUAAUUUUGAUUUCCCAGAAACAACUGAUGGAUAUAUUCAUCGUGUUGGAAGGUAAUAUUUUCAAAUUUUUACAAGAACUUAUUGGCAACAUUUUCAGAACUGCUCGUGGUUUCAACAAAGGAACUGCUCUUUCAUUCUGCACACCACCAGAAUUACCAUUUUUGGAAAAGAUUCAAGAAGAAGUUAAUGAUCAAAUGGGUCGAAAAGUGCUACAACCAUACGAGUUUCGUAUCAAAGAACUUGACACUUUCCUUUUGAGAACAAGAGAAGCAUUGUCGAAAUGUACCAAGGGAACAAUUAAAAAGGCGCGACUGAAGGAAAUUCGACAAGAAUUAAUGAGAUCUGCUAAUUUGCAAUCAUUCUUUGCUAAAAAUGAGAGGGAGAAACUUUUGAUGCAAACAGAUUGUCAUCCAGUUAUGUUGAAAUUAAAUUCUCCUGCGAUCGCUGAUGUUACUCCAUAUAUGGGUAUGUUGUUUUUCAACAAAUCAUAAUUAAUUUCAUUUCAUUUUUUUCAGUUCCGGAAGCAUUGCGCGGAAUGGAUUUCUCGGCUCCAAAUCGAAAUCGUCGUUAUAAACCUGGCCAAAAACAUCGCCAAAAACUCAAAGAUAAGUUCAAUCGCAAAAAGAAAGAUCCACUCAAAACGUUCAAAAUUUAG